UUCACAACAAUACCCGUUCUUCUGUACAUAGCAGCCUCAACCACGCACAGCCUUAUCAAACUUUAUUCAACAUCGCUUAUCAAACACUUUCACUCAGUGAAUCAUAUAAAAUAGAACAUCAAGAAACCAACCAAUUCUUAAUUUAUUUACAAAUUACAUAAAGCAAUUAAUAACUUAUCUAAAGCAAAGAUAUACUUAACAAUAUACAAAACAUCAACACCAUACGUUCCAAACAACAGCGCGAGUACCGGUAUUUUAAAUUGAAAAUACUUAACAUUAAUUAUACACAUCAAUUAGUGUAUUUCUAUUGUUUGAUUAAAGCGAAAGAAGAUGCGUACAGUUACGUUUAUUAUUAUUUUUUUAUCAUUUUUUGCUGCAUCACCGAAAGGACCUAAGGUCGAUAACCUUUCCAACCCUCCCUUCAUCGUGCAUAAAACAAGCGUGUGCAAAAACUUCCGCUCAGCCUAAAAGGAAAUUCCAGUUUAUUAAUUCGUUGUAGUUGUAGAAAUUAUUCAAAUACUAACUAUUAGUAUAUGAUUCAACCGCUUUAGCAAUACGUAAAACCCGAAUCUUGUGGUUGCAAUGACUCACUCCAUAUAAACAUAUAUGUAACGAAGUUAUACAUAAGAAAACUAGAAAAUAAAUGGGUGUGUUGAAGAUAGGCACCGCCUUUAGAAUUACGUACGUAAUUAUGCGUUCAUGAUAAGGCUGCUCAGUUCUGCAUAAUUAGCAAUACGGUGACCAUUUUGUUGUUUAUUGUUACUUAAAGGUCGGGAUGAGUCAUCCAUUUGUUAAUGGAAAAAUGAAUAUCACCGGGUGGGCUUAGCCCACAUCCGGAUUAAUCAAUAGAAGGGGUCUCGUGGCACCCCUAAAUUUCAUGGUAUUGAUUAGGGCUACUGCAUUGGCAACACUCGCACGCAGCGGAAAGAUAGAAGAAUACACAUCCAUGACUACAACCGCUUCUUAGAAGCGAUUACGCAACGCGGCAUUAUCUUAUCGAUAUGCAACGGUUAUUGCAAAUUAUUGUCAUUCGAUGUACGGGUAAACACCGGAAGGUCUCCAAUUGCUAUUUUAGUGUUUUCUUUUUAUUUAUGUUCGCUCUACUCGAUAUGGAGUAACCUGAUAAACGCUUUUUCUUCUCCGGUUACAGAAUUAUAUUAUGCAUCAAUUUAAUCGAAAUCCUGUGGAGCUGUGAUAAGUACGUAAUGUGAUUUGUAAAAUGGAUUAAGAUCAGGUGGUGGAAAAUGAGCGAUGCGUUGGAUUUCCAAUUGAAUGGGUCCAGGCGGCUGUGGCUUCCUUCGGAUGAGAUAAAGGACGAAAAGUGGUGGAUCCUUCAUCAGUCGAUGCUUGUUGGCCAUGCAGAGAGCUGAGAAACGUUUCCAGGCUAUCCUUCGGAAGUCCAAGCUGGGCGAGAUUCCUAUGGCGGAGAUCUCGCAGUUGGAUAUCUCCAAGUUGUUGUGUAAAAGACGGAAGGCUCGAAUGAGUAGUAUAAAGAAGAUAGCUUUGGUUACAUUCAGCUUAGUUUUGGCGGUUUGGGUGUUUGGUGAGAAACACUCUCAGUGUGUAUUAGACAUGCCUAUAGACGCUUCCAAAGCGUUUCGCGAAGUUGUGGAUUGCGGAAUAUGUAAGAAUCUAGGAGGGGUGGAUAAGGUAAUGAAUAUUUCUCCUAGUGAUUUUGAGGAGCGCUACGUGGCGAAGGCUAGGCCUGUGGUUGUACUCGAUGGUACCAGAGGAUGGUCGGCUGUGGACAAUUUCGAUUUUAGCUUCUUCAAGAAGCUUUAUUCCAGUUACCCUAAACGUAAGCAAGAAUGUCAGUUUUUUCCGUAUAAAACGGAAUUUGAGUCUCUGAGGGAAGCUCUGAACAUGUCCGAAGAUAGGUCCAGGUUGGAGCCAAAAACUACUCCAUGGUAUAUUGGUUGGAGCAACUGCAAUGACGACGCUGGAAAGGUUUUGCGCGAGUAUUACGAUCGUCCUUACUUCCUUCCGGAAACUUCUGAGAACAUGGCUCUGAGCUGGAUCUUCAUGGGUGGACCAGGAGAUGGUGCCCAUAUGCACGUAGACAACGUUCAUUACCCGUCCUGGCAAGCGCAGUUGCGUGGCCGCAAGAAGUGGCGGAUUGCGCCACCUCCGGAAUGCCUCUACUCUUGCAAGGAAUUCCAAGUGGUCGUAAAUCCAGGUGAAAUUAUUGUUGUAGACACCAAUCGAUGGUAUCACCAGACCCAUAUUUUACCAGGCGACAUCAGUGUUACCAUCGGCUCGGAAUUCGACUGAAGUUUACCGUUAUCCUCAACAAGCGAAAGAGAUCCAUUAUGCGGAUUAUACUUAUCCCAAUCUUCAUUCUAAUAAACAAUGAUUACAAUUAACAUGAAUCUCAUACACUCCAAACAUCCUUAUUUUGUUCGGAUUUUCUCAUGGCAUUAAAAAAAAUACCAAAACCUUGGAAACAAGCAUUAAAACUAAUUUCAUUCAUUAAACGCGAUAAGAUUCCCACAAUUUUAAUGAAUUUAAA